AUGGAGAAGUUUCUUGUGAAAUUUAACCAUUCUCAAGCAAGUUCUAGUACGAAUGUCAAUCCUUCUAGUCUUAUAGAUGACCUUAAUUUAGAUUCACUUGAAGCCGAUCCAGGAAAAAGAGUACCAAUUGCUCACUAUAACCCUCAAAUAAAGGAUGAAGUGAGGAAACAUUAUAUUCAAAAAGGGCCUUGUCAACCAAAAAUGGAUUCAUAUCCUCCAACUGAAAUUGGAAAAAGAAUGCGUCAAUUUUGUAAAAUUUGGUUUGAAGGUCCAUAUUCUAAAUGGUUGGAGUAUAGCGUGGAGAAAGAUUCUGUCUAUUGUCUAUGUUGUUAUUUAUUCAAAGAUGAUUUUUUCCAUGGAAGUACAAGUGAGUUUUACACAAAAACGGGUUUUAGGAGUUGGAAUAGGGCACUUGAAAGAUUCCGUAAACAUGUUGGUGAUGUUAAUAGUAUUCAUGACAAAUGUUUCAACAAGAUGCUAGAUUUGUCAAAUCAUCAUCAAUCAAUUCAAGUUGUUAUUGAUAAGCAUUCUCAAAAGUUAAAAAAUGAGUAUCGAAUGCGAUUUUUGCGAUGGCACGGGGACAAACAUCCGAAUGUUGGAAAAGUGAUAUUGGAAAAUGCCCCACAAAAUGAUACGUUGACUUGUCCUAUGAUUCAAAAAGAUAUUGCCAAUGCUUGUGCAAAAGAAACAUUGAAAGCAAUAAUUGGGGACUUGAAUGGAGAUUACUUUGGUAUAUUAGUUGAUGAGUCAAAAGACAUCUCUCACAAAGAACAAAUGGCUCUUGUUUUGCGUUUUGUUAAUAAGAAUGGUGAAGUAGUUGAACGAUUUAUCGGUCUUGUCCAUGUUAGUGAUACAUCGGCAUGUUCAUUGAAGAAAGCGAUUUAUUCUUUACUUUCCGUUCACUCACUAAGUCCAUCCAAAAUACGUGGACAAGGUUAUGAUGGGGCUAGUAAUAUGAAAGGAGAGAUAAAUGGGCUCAAAACUUUGAUUAUGAAAGAUAGUCCAUCGGCAUAUUACAUUCAUUGUUUUGCUCAUCAAUUGCAACUAACACUAGUGGCUAUUGCUAAAAAACAUUUGGAUGUUGAAGACUUUUUUGAUCAUGUUAGUAAUGUGUUGAAUGUUGUUGGAGGAUCUUUCAAGCGUAGAGACUUACUUCGUGAUCACCAAGCCAAAAAGUUAGAGCAAUUAUUUGAAUCCGGUGAAGUUCAAAAAGGCCAAGGAUUACAUCAAGAACGUGGGCUUCAAAGACCAGGUGAUACUCGUUGGGGAUCACAUUUCAAAACUUUAGAUAACUUUAUUGUUAUUUUCUCAUCUGCAUCAAGAACGUGA